AUGUUAUUAUUAACAUCUGAAAUUGGUAGUCAAUAUUUUAAGCUUUGCUGGAGUAGUAUAAAAAAGGAUUAUAUUAUUUCUGUAACUACGGCUACUCCAGGUAAUAAGUCAGAUAGAGCAUAUAAAGAAUCACCAAAACUGGAGAUGUUUCAUAAUCAUACAUUCUUUAAAAAUUCUUUAAAUAGACCAAUAACAACUAUUAAUAUGUACAAACUUGAUUAUUUUUCAAAAUAUGUUAUGGGAAAGUUAAUGGUCUAUUUUUGUAUUUUUAUGGCAUAUCCAAAAAAUACAAUAGAAAUUACAGUUUUCCAAAAAAAACAUGAAAUUUGUAAUGCCCUAGCAUUAAGGCGGAGUAAAAUCAAAUUAAUAAAAAUGAAUCCUUUCCAACUUGAUGAAUCCAUCCCAAAUGAAACUGCAGCUGUAAAAUUUCUUCAAAAGCGUGCUUUAAUUCCUGAAACAAAAGAAUGCGAAAAUAGCCAUGAAAUGAAGCUUUCUUUUGGCGCAGCAAAUAAAGAAUCGUCUGGAGAAAGAAUGAAAAGGAAAUUGGAGCUGGAUCCAGGUACGACUGUGGACUGGAACAGUCUUCUGGGGGAAGUGUGCCUUUUUAUGAAGAAGAAGGACAAAAAUAAGAAUGGAGGUAAGGGAUUAACUGUGGAGGUUGAUAAAACCCUCUUUGCCAGAAGGAAAAAUCAUGCUGGAAGAAUGCUGGGGCAGCAGUGGUGCUUUGGAGAGAUUUGCAGGGAAACCAAGGAGUGUUUCGUAGAGCCUGUGGCGGAUCGGACUUCAGAAACGUUGAUGGAAGUGUUGAAGAGAAGGGUGGCUCCAGAAAGCCUAAUAAUCUCAGAUAUGUAA